CUUUACCUCGGCUCAGUCCGAUAUCCAAUCGCAUUACACUUUGCUUUCGAUCUUUGAAGACAACCUUGCUGUUACCAUUAAUUGUUAUAGAGACAAAGAAACACGUUAAUUUUUUAAACAUAUCACGCUGGAAAAUUCAUUUGUUUUAUAGAUCUAUUUUAUCUACUACAUAAAAUACAAGAAUCAUGUUUAAGGUAAAAAGAGUAGACAGACCAAAAAAACCUAGAAGAACAUCUCUUGAAAUAGAAGAACAAAGUAGAACUUUGUAUGUUCGUAUACCCCAUACAAUAAAAAAUGUUGAUGAAAUUAAAAAUUUAUUCUUUGGGGACAUCAAAGUCAAAUUACCUCGACAGUCUUCAAGGCAUUGUCAUGUUAUAUUCUCCACUGUAGAUGAAAAAAUAAAGAAUUUGAAAGCUGUCAAAAAACAAUUGAUUGAUGGAAAGCCUAUCUUUAUUAGUCCACCAAAGCCAAUGAAUUUGGAAAAGAAACCAAAACAUAAAAAAAUUAAAAUUCCUGAUCCAACAGCUGGAUCCAAAACAGAGAAAUACAUUUUUAUUUCAAAAAUACCACCUGGUGUAAAAGCUUCAGAAUUAAGGGAAGCAUUUCCAGGAUCAGUGACUGUUGCAUUACUGAAAGGUUUGGUGAAUGGUAAAAGGAAUGCCAAAAUGAAAAUGUCUUCCCCUCAACUAUGUUUACAUUACUCUAAGAAAGAAAAUUGGCCAAUAGUGAAAGAGCAAAAAGUUUCUGUGUAUAUUGCAAAUAAACCAAGCAGCAGUAAAAAUAGAAAACGAAAGAAAGUAGAAUCUUUGAAAAAACACAAUGAAAAAAAGGAUCAAAAAGAGCAACCUAUAGUGAAUGAUAGUGAUUCUAAGAAGACAGAUUUAAGUGAAUCAGAUGAAGAUGAAGUUAGCGAAGAAGAGGAUGAAAAUACAGAAGAAGAUGAAGAAGAACCAUCCAGUGAAGAAAAAUAAGAAAUAUAUUUUAUUAGAUACAAUUGUAAGAUACUUAUAGUUGUUUUUAGAUUUUAUUACUUUUUAUUUCAAAAGUUUGCACUGAAUUUAAUAAUUGUGUACAAAAUAAUUGUAAUUUAUUUUAAGUAUAUCACUGUUAUAAAAUGUGUUAUUUCAUAAUUGAAUUCAUCUCAGCUUGAGUUUAUCACAGCUUUUUUUAUGUUGUAACUUUAACAUUUGUAUGAGUUGAAAGAAAAAAUAAAUAAAAAUUUAUGUGCUUAAAAUAAUGCUGCAACCUAAAAACAAGCUGAAAACUCCACUUAACGAAACUAAAAAUUAGAAAAUAUAAAUAUUUAAUUGAAUUUGAAUAAAAUAAUUGUAGUAAUUAAAAAAAAUUAAUACAUAACCCUAAAUUAAUCUCGAUUUAUUACAAAACAAUGCCUCAAGAAAACAAAGAAGAUUGAAAUAUUUAAACUUCCAGCCUUAAACUAUGCAGCCUCGAAGAGUUUGUCGGUAAUUGUAGCGGUGUGUACUUGGUGCUUCGCAGUCAGGUAAACAAUCGCACUGUGGAUCACGCAAAAUCAGCUAGCAGAUUUCCGAUAUGAUAUGAGCUAAACAAAGGACAUACGUCAAGUUGCAAAGUACAUUAGAUCGUUCAUUGUUGAUGGAGUAAAAUGGAUUGUAAUUGCAUAAAUUUUGAAUCACUAUUCUGAAAACUUAUGUAGCAUCUCUUGAAGUAAUAGGCAUGUCCUUUUCCCAAUGUUCUGAAAAUUAAACGUCGAGGAAAUAAUAAUCUAAUGAAUAUUUGAUAAAAUAUUACGUUUAGUACCAUUGAUAUUUAAAUAAAAAUGAUACAUGAUAUCCGCAAAUGCGAAUCAUGUUACCAAAGAUCGCAUUUAUUUAAAUAAUAGAGAUAUGCAUUUUCCGAGAACUAAUUAAAUUUCAAAUAAUUUCCCUGUGAGCCAUAGCUAUUUAAAACUAUUCAUUACUGCUGAUCAGAUAAGUGCCAUAAAGUUCGAUAAUUAUCUCGUAUCUAGCCCCAUCCGCAUAAAUUCCAAAGCGUUCGGCUCGGGAACCGUAUACUUAUCGUGUAUAAGAAAGCCAUCUCCAAAUUUUAUCGAGGCAAUGCGAUCACUUAUGUUGAAGGUUUUAACAGCUCAUACAAAAGGUAACGCGUGCCAAAUUUCGCUUUGCUUAAGUGUUGCUCUUUUCCUGGAUUUCUGUAUAUGCUGUGAAUAAUUAUUUCAUGUCGAUCGAUAC